UUUUAAAAAGUCUUAAAAUCUUUCCAAUGAACGCUCAUAGAGCACUCUGCUUGGGGUUGGAAUACUCAGAGAAUGGCCAUGGUCUCUGCAAUGUCCUGGGUCCUGUAUUUGUGGAUAAGUGCCUGUGCCAUGCUGCUCUGUCAGGGGUCCCUUCACCAUACUUUUCAGCAGCAUCACCUGCACAGACCAGAAGGAGGAACGUGUGAAGUUAUAGCAGCACACAGAUGUUGUAAUAAGAAUCGGAUUGAGGAGAGAUCACAAACAGUAAAGUGCUCCUGUCUACCUGGGAAAGUGGCUGGCACAACGCGGAACAGACCAUCGUGUGUUGACGCAUCAAUAGUCAUUGGGAAAUGGUGGUGUGAGAUGGAACCCUGCCUAGAGGGUGAGGAAUGCAAGACAUUGCCUGACAAUUCAGGAUGGAUGUGUGCGACCGGCAAUAAAGUCAAGACCACCAGAAUUCACCCGAGAACCUAACAAAAAAUCUUCUGACAGCAGCCAGCGAAGGAUCCCCUGACAGAUAAGAGGACAGAAAUCUUUGAACUUUAAACCGUCUCCAGCUUUUACAAGCCAAAUGGGAUUUUUUUUAUUUGCACUUUAACUCUGUACCAGAGGAAUCUACAGUGGCUUGACUUGUGUGGAGUCAAAUACCCUAGGAAAAUAAUGCACCAGAUUUGACAACAGGAAAAAAGGAGACAAAGGGAGAGGAGAAAAGUAGUUCUUCAGAAGCAAGUUUCGUGAUUCUGAAAUAUGAACAACAGUCCUUUAAGUGUGGAUCUACAAUUUUUCUUUGUACCAUUGCAAAAUAUAUAAAUAUCUAAGAUAUUUUGAAAUAAAGCCUGACUCUUUGAGAAACUGAGCAA